UGUCGCGAGGACGUCCUUCCAACUCUCGCACUUCGUCAGCUGCUGUCAUGUCGAGCAAUGAGCAGGGUGAGUGGAAGUGCAGACCGUAUGCGAGCCCAAAAGAAUGGGUGCUGACAUCCAGUCGAUUCCUUCUCGGCUGUCGCUGCCCUUCCAUCUACUCCAAGCAGUGAUGAACUCCCUUUGGCAUGGCUUGGUGGACACUAUACGAUUAUUACCCACUGUACCUCUGAGUAAGCCACUCACGGACGAAGAGAGGGCCCUACAAUUGCGUCAGACGAGUGAUGAGAAGGCGAAUCUGGAUCAAGCUCUGGAGAAACUCUCCCAAUUGAUCGCUCUGCGGAAAGGUGCGCAGGCUGACGGACCCGCUACAUCAUCAUCAUCAUCAGCUGCUGCUACUGCGACUACUACUACUGCUAUACCUGUUCCCACGGUAUCCGUUUCUACGCCAGGCUCCAAUGGCCUAGGUCCUCCACUGUCAGCAUCAGCAUCUAGCGGUAAUCUGAAACGCAAGCGACGACUCUCCAAUACAGCUUCACCCGCGCCUGCCUCUCUCCCUAACUCUGCGACUGAAUCUACCCUCACGUCCAUGGCUUCUCCUCAUCCGCCAUCUGCCAUGGCUCGAGGUGCGACACCUGCGAGCCGAGAUCAGGGACAGAGACAGAGGAAAGAUCAUGCCGACGUAUUGGCUCUCCAACCUGGACGAAAAGUUGCUUUCAAAGUCCCGCCAAAGGGGAAAGCGGAUGGAGCGAGCGAUGAUGAAUGGAUAUUGGCGGUCGUUGUCGGCGUCGUAGACCCAGUCAAGGGUCAUUAUACCGUACAAGAUGCUGAUGACUCGAGCUCGUCAUUCGAUACAAGCCUUCGAAAUCUUAUCCCUCUACCGGAUGGCUCACUGCCAACUCACAACCCUUCUCAUCCUUCCAAUUUGGAAGACUUCCCCAAAGGUUCCACGGUACUUGGUCUCUACCCAGAGACCACCUCAUUCUACCGUGCUACCGUGAUCGCUGCGCCAUAUCCAGGCACUGGCAUGGGUCAUGGAGUCAGAGGAAACAGAGGCAAGAUUGACCCAGGCGCUGUGGAAGGGAGGUAUCUCUUGACGUUUGUCGAUGAUGGUGGGCAGGUCCACGAGGUUCAGUCUGAGUUUGUUGUGUUGUACCCCAAUUGAGCGUUUUUGUUGUCUUCCAGCGCAUAAAACCACUUGCCGAAGCUAGUCAUGCUCUACACAUCGUAUACAUCCUCUAGGCAUCAUUAUGUACGCAAUAAUCCCUGACUAUCCGACUGCGACCGACUUGGUGCGCCCUCAUGUGACAAAUUUGGAACUAGGUCGGCAGACCAUUUACAGCCUUGUCUUUGUCCAUUCGUUCAUCCUUAGACAGCUUCAACAUCAAGAACCACAUGACGCUGAUCUCGACCAAGAAUCGGGUAUCAAUAGGACCAAGGAGGAUGGCGGAGGAUAGCCAGAGGA